AUGAAUAAGCUCCAAGAUUGGCCCGAACCAAUAGUCCGUGUACAAUCCUUGUCCGAUAGCGGCAUGCCCAUAAUUCCAGAGCGAUAUGUCAAGCCCCCACUUGAGAGGCCAUCCAUAAAUUCCACUAUUUCAAGUGAUGUGAACAUCCCUAUAGUUGAUCUCGCCGGACUAUAUGGUGAUGAUCAUGCUCUUCGAGCCACUAUACUCGACCAAAUUUCUGUAGCAUGCCGGGAGUGGGGGUUUUUUCAAGUUAUUAACCAUGGUGUUAGCCCUAAAUUGAUGGACCGUGCUCGAGAACUAUGGAGACAGUUUUUUAAUUUGCCCAUGGAGGUUAAGCAAGCUUAUGCAAACACUCCCAAGACUUACGAAGGUUAUGGUAGCCGGUUAGGGGUUAAAAAAGGUGCCAUUCUUGAUUGGAGUGAUUACUACUUUCUUCACUAUCUUCCUUUAGCAUUGAAGGACUAUAAAAAAUGGCCUACCAUUCCAUCUGAUUGCAGGGAAGUGCUUGAUGAAUAUGGUAAGCAAUUGGUGGAGCUAUGUGGGAGGUUAAUGAAGGUUUUAUCAAUAAACCUUGGAUUAGGAGAGGAACAACUUCAAAAUGCACUUGGCGGCGAAAAUGUUGGGGUAUGCCUAAGAGUUAAUUUUUACCCUAAGUGUCCACAACCUGACCUGACCCUUGGUUUAUCUUCACAUUCGGAUCCCGGGGGCAUGACCCUUCUCUUGCCAGACAAUCAUGUCCCUGGUCUUCAAGUGCGUAAAGAUAAGAAUUGGAUUACAGUGAAGCCAGCUCCACAUGCUUUUAUUGUUAAUAUUGGUGAUCAAAUUCAGGUGCUAAGCAAUGCAACUUACAAGAGCGUGGAGCAUAGAGUGAUUGUAAACUCAUCAAAAGAUCGUGUCUCUCUUGCUUUCUUCUACAAUCCAAAGAGUGAUAUACCCAUAGAGCCAAUGAAGGAGCUUGUGACACCAGACAGACCUCCACUCUAUCAGGCAAUGACGUUUGAUGAAUACAGACUCUUCAUAAGAACGAGGGGUCCCAGUGGCAAAUCCCAGGUGGAGUCUCUAAAAUCUCCAAGAUGA